AUGUCGACAACAAGGGGAUUGGAGGGAGAGCUCAAAGCACAGGGUGCAGUAGAAGCAGCACAAGACCCUAACAGUUCAGUGACAGCAGCAGAUGCUGAAGCAAAAAUUGUCAAUGAGGGUCACAAGGCAGGCGUGCCAGCUUUCUCCUUUGACCCAGAUGCGAGUCCAGAGGAGAAGGCAGCACAGGCUAGGGCUCGUAUUCCAGAAGGAUUUCACCAUGAGCACAAAUCGAAAGGCGUCGCAAUCGCUACGGAUAUUGACGACGGUUCACCGGGAGCUUACGACCUACCACCACCCUCUACUGCCGGAGCUCUUGCAGCUCCUGUCAAAGGAACCAAACAAUCAGAACAGCCUGUAGCAAACGGAUAUGUCGAUGAUGACGAGGAUGCUCGCUGGAUCGAAAGAGCUGGCUGGGCACCCAGAUUUGGUUCUGGAGAUUCUGGCGAAUCUAUAGAAGGAGAAAGUCUUCUAGACCAUCAAACUUGGAUAGAGGGCAAGAUUGAAGAUAAAUUUUAUGGGGAUUGGUAUCAAAAUACUGCCGUCAUCAUAUUUGCAUGUCUUUCGUCAUGGUUUGUGGCCACGCUUGGUGGAGGGCUUAGCUGGGUCUUCAUUAUCAUGGCGAUUUGUGGUACAUAUUAUAGGACUUCGAUACGUCGAGUACGACGCAACUUUCGUGACGAUAUCAAUCGCGAGCUUGCCAAAAACAAGCUUGAAACAGAUACGGAAAGUCUAGAAUGGAUGAACAGCUUCAUGGUCAAGUUUUGGCCAAUUUUCCAGCCAGUGCUUGCCGAGACAGUCAUCAACUCCGUCGAUCAAGUGUUAAGUACGGCAACACCAGCCUUUUUGGAUAGUCUUCGCAUGAAGACGUUCACUCUGGGUACAAAGCCACCUCGUCUGGAGCACGUGAAGACGUAUCCCAAAGCAGAGGAUGAUAUUGUACUCAUGGACUGGAAAUUCAGCUUCACUCCAAAUGAUCAUGCGGAUAUGACUUCCCGCCAAAUCAAGAACAAGGUCAACCCAAAAGUUGUUCUUGAAAUCAGAAUUGGAAAAGCAAUGAUCAGUAAAGGUCUAGACGUUAUUGUCGAGAAUAUGGCUUUCUCGGGUCUCAUGCGUGUUAAGAUCAAGCUUCAGAUUCCAUUUCCUCAUGUGGAAAAGAUUGAAAUCUCAUUCCUUGAGAAGCCUACAAUCGAUUAUGUAUGUAAACCUCUUGGAGGUGAAACUCUCGGAUUUGACAUCAAUUUCAUUCCUGGACUUGAAAGUUUCAUUCUCGAACAGAUCCAUGCGAAUAUCGGACCUAUCAUGUAUGCACCCAACGUGUUCCCAAUCGAAGUCGCGAAAAUGCUGUCUGGGUCAGCUGUUGAUCAGGCUAUCGGUGUAUUGGCUGUCACUCUCCACGGGGCUCAAGGGCUCAAGAAUCCCGACAAAUUUGCUGGAACCCCUGAUCCAUAUACUGUCCUGUCAAUCAACAAUGGUCCUGCUCUAGCCCAAACCAAGAUCAUCAAGGAAAACGCUAAUCCUAAAUGGAAUGAGACGAAAUAUGUUAUCCUUACUUCUUUCACCGAGAGUCUCACAAUGGCUAUUUUCGAUUAUAAUGAAUACCGAAAAGACAAAGAACUUGGUACUGCCACUUUCCCAUUGGAAAGGGUGCAAGAGGUUACAGAAUAUGAGAACGAACAGCUUGAAGUUAUGGCAAAUGGCAAGGCACGUGGCCUACUAUCUGCAGAUCUACGCUUUUUCCCCGUCCUCGAAGGACGUACUCUCGCAGAUGGCACGGCUGAACCUCCUCCUGAGUCUAAUACCGGUAUUGCUCGUUUCUGUGUCGAGCAAGCUAAAGACCUCGAUGGUACCAAGAGUCUCAUUGGUCAGCUCAGCCCAUAUGCUGUACUUUUACUAAACAAUAAGGAAAUUCAUGUCACAAGGAAAUUAAAGAGAACGAACAAUCCUAUUUGGGACAACGGAUCUAAGGAAAUUCUCAUCACUGAUAGAAAGAGUGCAACUUUUGGUCUUGUCAUUAAGGAUGAUCGAGAACUCGGCACCGAUCCCAUCCUUGGCACAUAUCAGAUCAAACUCAAUGACAUGCUGAACUUGAUGGAAAAGGGUCAAGAGUGGUAUACGCUCGCUGGAGCCAAUUCUGGCAGAGCGAAGUUAACGCUUCAGUGGAAACCAAUCGCAUUGCAAGGUGUAGGCGGAGGCACUGGCGGUUAUGUUACCCCUAUUGGUGUCAUGAGAUUCCAUUUCAAGAAUGCGCGAGAUCUUCGAAAUCUUGAAACUUUGGGUAAAUCUGAUCCUUACGUCAGAGUCCUCUUGUCUGGCAUAGAAAAGGCCCGAACAGUCACAUUCCAAAAUAACCUCAAUCCAGAUUUCGACGAAGUUGUAUACGUCCCCGUCCACAGUGUCCGGGAGAAGUUAACUUUGGAAGUUAUGGAUCAAGAGACUAUCAACAGUGAUCGUACUUUGGGAUCGAUCGAAGUCCUGGCUGCCGACUACAUUCAACAACUUGAGAACGGGGAAUUCAUUGUACAUGAUGACAAAGUACUACAAGCAGGUGGAUUGCGCAUGCAUGGAAAGGGCUCCCCCAGAGGAACACUCAACUAUACUGUAGCAUUCUAUCCAUGUUUGAACGUCGCAGAUCCCGAAGACGAGGAAGAAGCUAAAGAAGAGGCCGCCCGCAAAAAGUCUUCAGAGAGAGGUCGCAUAACUGGUAUGGAAAAUGGCGUCAAGGAUGCUGUGGCAAAUGGGGACGAAUCAGAAAAGCCUACACGGUCUUCGAGCGAAUCUGCGAUGGCUGCAAAGCUUGCGGAAGGUGAACAAGAGCAAGAAGAGACCACAAAAGAAAAGCAACUUCCUAAGAUUCAUCUUACGCCCGAAGAAUUACUCAAGUAUGAAUCCGGUCUUAUUAUUUUCAAGAUAAUUGACUGCGACUUGACCCGAAGCAAUGUCCACGUCGAAGUUGUCGUUGAUGAUAUGGCAUUCCCGUCAUACUCGUCCUCCACAAUCAAAUCGAAGAGAAUGACUUUGGAUGAGAUAGGCGAUUGCUUUGUUCGUGAACUAGAUUUCUCCAAGAUUACCAUACGUAUUCGAGAGAAGCAGAGUAAGGGGGAUGACAAGAAAGACUCCACUAUUGCCCGCCUAAGUGGGGAGACACUAGCUACCCUAAAACAAUGCCUCAACAAUCCUACCAUACUCAAGCUUCGAGAUGAUGACGGACAUACUAGUAAUAUCAAGGUCUCACUUAAGUAUAUCCCAGUCAAGAUGAAUCUAGAUCCAAGCGAGAGUAUCAACAACAUGGGAAAACUACGAGUAGAUGUUCUGGAUGCUACUGAUCUUCCAUCGGCAGACCGCAACGGAUACUCAGAUCCAUACUGCAAGUUUGAGUUCAAUGGGAACUCGGUGUUCAAGACCAAAGUCCAGAAGAAGACUUUACACCCAGCUUGGAAUGAGUUCUUCGAGCUCGAUGUACCUUCAAGAACAGCAUCGCAUUUCGUUUGUAACGUCAUGGAUUGGGACUUCGGUGAUAAGGCCGACUUCCUUGGCAAGGCCGAAAUUAACCUAAACCUCUUGGAACCAUUCAAGCCAAAAGAAAUGAGCUUAGCAUUGGAAGGCAAAUCAGGUUCUAUUCGUCUACGCUUGCUAUUCCGCCCAGACUACGUGACUAGGUCGAGACAAGGAAGUUCGACGUUCUCUGGUACAUUUGCUACGCCAGGAAAGAUUGUCACUGGAGUGGCAGGAGCUCCAAUCAAGGGUGUUGGCUUUGCGGCACAUGGUGUUGGCAAAGGAGCCUCCUUUAUUCGACACGGCUUCAAAAGUAAGAAGAAGGAUGAAGACGACCUUAAUGGCAGCAUUAGUUCUGAAUUAGACAACGAAGCUCCUAUUACUAACGGAAGUGGCGGAUUAAAGCGUGGAAGUGCCCUCCCCGGCUCAGGGGUACCAAUUCCGGAUAUCAUGCCUCCAAAGACACCUCCAUCAGAACCGAAUCAUGCACGAACCAAGUCUUUCGGAGCAUCUUCGGGGCACUCUGGCAUGUUCGGUUCUCCUGGUGCUACAGGUGGACCUGUGGGUAUUGCAAACUUCACAAUCGUGUCUGCAUCGGGAUUUCCACCUUCUUCGAGCGUUAUGGUCUAUGUUAAAUCACUGGGUGCCAAGCCUAAAGUCAUUCACAAGACUGAUCAUAUCAAAUCGCCUAACGGCACCGUACUUUUCAACGAGAAGAAAGAAAGCUUCAAGUGCACCACUUCUGCAGAUGCGACCUUCCAAGUGUCUGUCAAGGCACACAAUACCUUUGGCUCAGACGAUGAUCUUGGCGAGGGAGCUCUUGUCGUGGAUGAAACUGGCACAAUGCAAGAAAAGCAAAUCCGUUGUGGUGCGGGCUACAUUACGGUAAAAUCCAAUUUUAUUAUGAGCUCUACUGAAAAUGGAUCGGAGAGUCCGAAGACCCGUUCAGGUUUUGGAAGAAGUUUGCUUAGCAAGAAAGAGACUGGCCGGACUAGCAGAGACAUCACACCCGUCGGUACACACGGCUCUUAG